UGGGGCGGAGCCGGGCCCGCCCCGCACCGGCGGCCGCUCAGUGCCCGGGCAGCGGCGGCGGCGCCCGCAGGAGUGUGAGGAGGCAGCGGUGCCGGUGCCGGUUCUUGUCGCGGUCUCCGCUUCUCCCUUCGGCACCCGUGAGCGGCCCGCGCGCUGCCUCCGCGGCCCCUCCGCGGCCCCUCCGCCUCGGCGACCGUUAAACCGCCGCUUCCGGCCGCAACCCCCCCCCACCUCCAUCGCCUCACCUCAGGGGCUGCGGCGGCCGCCGGGCCAUGAACUCGCUGCUCUUCGGGGAGAUGGCCCGAGCCUUCGCCCCCGGCGCCGCCACCGCCUCCUGCCCGCUGGGGCCCGGCGCUGGCGGCGGCCCCGGCAGCACGGCGGCUGCAGCGGCGGCGGGGGGGGGCCCGCCGGUGACGGCGGCUCUUCGUAACGACCUGGGCUCCAACAUCCACCUGCUGAAGGGGCUGAACGUGCGGUUCCGCUGCUUCCUGGCCAAGGUCCACGAGCUGGAGCGGCGCAACCGGCUGCUGGAGAAGCAGCUGGCGGCCCAGCAGAGCGAGCGCGACCGCCGCCUGCGCUACAAGACCUUCUCCCGCGACCAGGCCGUGCAGACCGACUCCGGUACAUCCCCGCUGUUGCCGCCGCCGGGCCCCGGGCACGGGCUGGGCGCAGGGCCCCUCGCCUCGCCGCCUCACUACAGCCGUUUACCCGGUACGAUCUGGAGCUACACCCAGGUGCGGCGCACUGGAGGCGGCGGGUUGGAGACGGUGCAAGGGCCCGGGGUCUCCUGGAUCCAUCCGGACGGUGUCGGGGUGCAGAUCGACACCAUCACCCCCGAGAUCCGCGCCCUCUACAACGUGCUGGCCAAAGUCAAGCGGGAGCGGGACGAGUACAAGAGAAAAUGGGAAGAGGAAUUCACAAGAAGAAUGAGUCUGGAAUCUAUGGUAGAAACCUUACGAGAGGAGGCGCAGGAAGCCGAAGCUCUCCAGGAGGAGUUAAAUGAAAAGAUUGAGAGACUGAAAGCAGAACUUGUGGUCUUUAAGGGUCUGAUGAGUGAUCCCAUGACAGACCUGGACACAAAGAUUCAAGAAAAGGCCAUGAAGGUGGACAUGGACAUCUGUCGACGAAUCGAUAUCACAGCCAAGCUGUGUGAUGUAGCGCAGCAGCGCAACUCUGAAGACGUUUCCAAGAUAUUCCAGGUGGCUUCCAAGAAGAAAGAACGCAAGCUCACAUCUGAUGAUGACCUCUCUGAACAGGAUGGAGACAAUAGCAGGUUCUCUGAUGAUGAGGUCAGCUGCUCCCUGAACAUCACAGAUGAAAUGAAGCGUAUGUUUAAUCAGCUUCGUGAGACAUUCGAUUUUGAUGACGACUGUGAUAGUUUAACAUGGGAGGAGAAUGAGGAAACGUUGCUGCUCUGGGAAGACUUCACAAACUGCAAUCCUUCCAUUGACCUCCAAGGAGAGGAAGAAAACCUGGGAAACUUGAUCCACGAAACAGAGUCUUUCUUUAAAACGAGAGACAAGGAAUACCAGGAAACAAUAGGGCAGAUAGAGCUGGAACUGGCCACAGCCAAGAGCGACAUGAAUCGCCACCUUCAUGAAUACAUGGAAAUGUGUAGUAUGAAAAGGGGCCUGGAUGUCCAAAUGGAAACCUGUCGUAGGCUUAUCAAAGGCUCAGCUGACAGAAACUCUCCAUCUCCCAGCUCUGUAGCCAGCAGUGACUCAGGAAACACAGAUGAAAUUCAGGAUGAGUUGGACAGAGAGACGGAUGUGGAGCCCAUGGUCACCUGAUACAUAGUUGGAGCAUUCCAGUGAAAGGGAAGAUACAAGAAAAGAUUAUAAAAGAAUACACUGAUGUGGGGGAAGAUAAAACUAAGACUCGUAAGCCCUCACACAGGGUUUCUAAGGACUCAUUCCUACACGCAUCCCCACCCCACCCAAGGAUUGGUGCUGUAAAUUUCUAUUGUUCUACAAAUCAUAAAAUGCAGAGUCCUGUAAGAAAACAUGGUGUUUUAAUUGUGCCUUUGCCCCAAGCUGAGCCACUUUGAGCUCCAGUGGAAUAUUAAUAGCAGGUGUUUUUAUACAAAAUAUUCUUUCAACAAAUCCUAAUCCGUUGGCAGCAGAGAAUGGUGCUGCAAAGGCUCUGGGUAUUUCAAGAAGCUCAAGGUUUUAUUGAACUGCUGCACCCAUUGGCAAAAGGAAUGCUGGCAAAACGAGACGUGAACCCAAGACAAUUAUGGUGCCAUUACCAAAGUCUGGCUCAAACAAAAGAGAAUUGAACUGUAACAAUUUGAACUGUAACAGUCCAAAUUGAACUUGAAACAUUUAAAAUAAGAGCAGGGGUAGAGACAGCUUUUAGGAUUAAGCAGUUCUACAAUAUUAAAAGGAGUUUCUCAAUUCCAUCCUUCUGGCUGAAGGAGCCUUUGAGAUGCGUUAGAAGCUCUCUGCUCGACUCCAGAGUCUGAAGAAGCAGCAGGUCUCAGCUCGGUGGCAAAGCAGGGGACAGAGGAGGGUUCCAUGGGGUGGGAAUAUCACUGAUAAACUUCUAUGCAAAAACAAAAAAAACCCACAAAAAAAAAAAAAGCUCGCCUUAUUUAUAUGGAAUGUUUGGUCCCUGCUGGGAAACAGUUAUCUCUUGGGAAAGGAAAGCUAAAACCACAUUUGCACAUGUUAGUUAUCUGUAGAGCUUCUUUUGAGGAGGAAUGUCAUAUUACAAUGCCUUUGUUUCCAGUGAUUGGAUUAGGAGGGGAAUCAGCCCUUCAGUUCUUGUGGUGGUUUGUGCUUUUUUCUCUUUUUCAGGAUUCUUUUUUUUUUUUUUAAACCGUGGUGUUUGCAGAUUUGACUUUGCUGACAGGGAGAUAACUCCAUUUUAUGCUGCUUUCAUGAUGUUUAGAGUGGGAUGGUUGAAGCAUCAGGAUAAACUGACAUGCGGUGGGAUAGACGUAGGCUUGAGACAUGACACUGGGAGAGUUCCAGACCACUGUUCUUCAGGAAAGCUGAACAUCAGGAAAUACUGUAAUCCUUUUUAGGGCAUGGUAAAAUGAAUCCCAGACUACUGCUGCCCUAGAAUUGGGGAGGGACAGCCAUGUGCUUUCUCUGUGAGAAAGUGAGGAGACCUAGACUUUGUCAAUCUUUUCGUAUUUUUACACAGGAGAAAGCAGCAUCAAAAGUCUUGGUGGUGUUUGAGGCAUCUCUAUCAUCAUCAGGUAUUGUUAUAAUGGGAAUUGUAGCACCUCAGCCAGGUAAAAACAGGGUAUAAACCUCAGCCAAUAAUUGUCUGUUUGUUUAGACCGAGAUUGAAAGUGUAGUUAAUACUGCCUAAAGGUAACUGUGUAGUUAACUAGCAGUUGCAAGACUUGGAGUAAAUACCAAAUGUAUUUGUUUUCCUGCCAGGAAGCUUAGAAGCUGCUAUGUAGGAGCAGUGCUAGGACUGGGCAGGGAACUACCUGAUCUAAGCACCCUCUCAGUGUUAUGUAAAGGUAAGCUGGCCAAGCUGUUUAGCUCCCUGAGUAUUGUUUCCAGGCUAUUGGUCUGAAAUCAGUGGAACUGCAUUGUAAGCAUGCACCCAAUGUAAAUCAGUGCUGCUUUCUUCCAAAAAGAGUGCAAAUGUCUCAGCAUAUGGCACGUUCCUGGGCAGAAGUGCCUCUGUCUUGUGCAGCUAUGCAGAGGGGCAGGACCUCAGAGGGUUUCUGUUCCCCCUGUAACUGUGGGUACAGUAAUGUCUAAUCAGAGUUUCCCAUGUUGCUGCCUGGAGUUUCAUCACUGUUCAGCUCCAUCUCCUGCUUAGACACGAUGGUGCUUUUAGGCUACUUGAAUCAAACAGGCUCCUUGUGUUUUUCAGAGUGGGGAGGAGUGCUGGGAUGAUCCAUCUGGAUCCACAGCGUGGAGGUCAUGAUCCACAGUUGAUGGCCUCUGUCCAAGAAAACGGAUCCAAGGAUAUUCUGGUGGUUUCCUUACUCAGUGCAGUUAUUUAUAGAGUAGCUAGCAACUUCUUGGUUCCUGUGGUGUGGGUUAGGGGCUUUUUCAAAGCCUCUUUCAUCAUGUAAAUGUAGAUAACUUUUCUCUGGAAAAGAAACUUUAUUCCAAAGUGCUCAUUCCUAUUAUUUGUUAGAUGGCCAAAGUGGUAAAUGUCACGUUCACUAGGGCUGCAAGUUGGGGAGGUGGGGGGGACAAGAGAUGGGGUAUUUUUGUGAGGGGGCUGGGACUGCAUGUUUUCAAUCAAGUACUCUUAAGGUUUUGAAGCCUGUAUGAACUUCAGCUGCUAAUACAUAGUUUCUCACAAGGCUGAGAAACCAUCUGCCAAAGCUGAAUGUCUGUGAUGCUUUAGUGACUUUGGUGGAGGCGUUGUUAAGCAAUCGACUUGCACAGUGACCCAGCCUUGGUGGAGGCUGGCGUUUGGCUCUCCUCAGUUAGGAAAUGCCCUUUGGUACUAGAGAGACUGAGCAAUUUCAACGGCCGUCCGGCUUAGCUGCUGCCGUGUUGUGGAGUUUGUUUCCUUUUAAACUCAGUGUCCUAGUAGGAUAAAGGCUGAGGGCUCUUGAAACUGGGAGCUGGUGUGGUGAGGGUAGGAAAGAAGAGAAUAUCCUCAGUUUGCCAGCAAGAGCCAAGUGAGGAAGCAGAACUUCAGCUGUAACAAGGUAGCUAUAGCCUCGGGUUUAUCUCAUAGCCAUAAUUACAAGGAGCAUCUGUAGUAGGGUUGUGUCUGUUGGGAAGUGUAAGGGGUGCGGGGCUAGAGUAGAGGGUUUAGAAUUAAUGUGUAUGGUGGUGAUGUGUAUGACAGUAAAUUACCAUGGUUGUUGGUGUCUGUUUCUUAUACGCAUAUUUAAUCCAUUUUUAAAGAAGAAAAGGUGUUUUCAUACUCGGGAUCGGGGUUUUAUUUUUAUUUAGGCUGUGUAGGAUUCAGUGGAUCACCAGGGUCGGUCCUUGAGAGUUUCCCUCGGAGGUCUUUGGUUUAGUUUCAAGCGAUGCUGCUGACUUAGCUGACAGUGGUCCUCUUCUGUUCGCAUAUAACCACUCCGUAGAAACCAGAUCAAAAGCUUGCCAGAAAAAACAGAGGUGAAAAUGCUGGAAAUGAUUUUGAUGACCUCUUUUCUUUUUUCCUUUGUAAAGCUGUAAAUACUUUCUUUUUGUUUUCUAUUCUUACUGCGGUGUCAUAUUGACACGUUUUUAGACUUAUCAAUCCGAAAAUCCUCCUCAUUGUUUCUCAUUUUUUAAACGGGGAUUUCAAGGAAGCAAAUUUUUUUGCUUGUUAGCAGUGUAAUACUCGAUCCGAUUCCUAAAAUGGGUUUGUACAACACAACUGUUUUCAGUAAAUGAAUGGCAGUUGCUUUUGUGGAUGCAUGUUCAAAAACGUCCAAAGAAUAAUGUGGUACAAAUGUGUUUUUUCAAAGACUUAGUAAUUAUCAUGUUAGUUCACACGAGUUAAAGACAAAACUCUUUAAGGGGGGGGGAGGGAUGUAAUGAAACUCAGCUAAGCUAAAUGUGUAAUCUGUUUAUAAAACCCCACUAUAUAGUCUAUUUUUAUUAGAGGUUUUUAAAGUACAAACAGAACCCUGUUAGCAAAUGCAAUUAUUCCCUUGUAAAAUAUCUUCUGCUCUGGUGGGACUCCAAAUUCUCCAGUGGUUUCAAGCGAUAAUGUGGAAACAAUAUGAACAGGUAUGGCUGUGAAGCACUCGCCCAUCGCUUCCUUGAGCAAGAAGGGGAAAGCAAACAGUUAACAGCUUUUCUGCCACUGCAGAAUCAUUGCUGCUGUAAAACCACCCGUGUUGGUGUGUUUCCCUUCCCCUGAUUGCAAGGUGUUCUGCUGUGAGGCUAAGAACCUCUGUUUGCUCCCCUGAAUACCGGGGUGAUGAGAAUCACAGAAUGGUUUGGGUUGGAAAGGACCUUAAGAUCAUCCAGUUCCAACCCCCAGCACACUGGGUUGUGCCACAACCUGCUGUGGCACAGCAGUUUUAAAUCCUGCCCCAGAGCAUCUUUUGUGUUCUACCUGCCUGGAAGAUAAAUGAUGUUUGUCCACACAUAAAUUGGAAUUAACUUGAUGAAACAAAAUAAUAGCUGAGAAUUGUGCCUGAAUCUAGUUCUAAAGCUGCUUCUGAUCUGAAAUUAUUUAUUUUGACUAACCAUUCCUGCCAACAAAAGCAGAAGUUGGGUCAUUGGUCCAGGCUUGGCAGAGGGAAAGCCGCGGCGAUCGGGGGGGUGCUCACAGCCUUGCCACAGCGCUGCUGCGGGCUCUCUAAAGCAGCUAUUUCCUUUUGUUUCCCUUGGCUCUGGAAAAUCGUGGAAGAAUGUUUGUGUUGGAGCAUGCAGGAGGAGAAUUGCAAUACUGGGAAGUCUCUGGUUGUGUUUCACGUUUGAGUGCUUCAUUUUAGAGCUGAAUGUUUAAAAAGCAUGAUUUAUCACAGCAAAAUGAAGAAAUCCUAGUGCUUCCAUGAUUAAUAAUACCCCGAUGAGGAUUUUCCAUAUGUUUCUUCAGGACUUCGGGUUCUUUUUAUUCUUUUGCACUGGUCCAGGACUUGGUUGCAGGGGAACACACAGGUUUUAAAAAGCUUUGCCUUCAGUGUUAAGUCACCCAGAUUUAAGCUUUUAGUAGAAUCGAACUUCUGUUUGACUUUUACAUGAGAAAACAAAUUGCCACUCAAGGCAGCAUAUAGUAUCCUGGUGUUAUACUGCUGUUUUUAGAGGUGAACUAGAGAUACAACCUGCCAGAUUCUUAAUUCAGUCCCUUGCCAUCGUGUUUCUGGAGAGGGGAACGCUAAAAGCUUGAACACAAGUCUCUGGCAGAGCAGUGAAAACCACUCGAUUUGUUUCCUCUUGUCUGUUUUUGUGUGUAGUUCAGUGUCUUAAGACCCUUCCGCGUUUGCGGGAGCCUUUCAAAGCUUCUCUUUUGAAGAAGCAACAACUUGUGUUUAAGCAGUGGGUAUUUGCUGCUUCUAGAACUCAAUUCCCUCCUAAUUUGAGGCACUCCAGCAGUGAAGUGCUUCUGUGAGCAGUGAUGGGGCUCACAGGUCUGGCUCGCUCUAUCUUUGGAAGAAAUGAUGAUGAUGCUUAAAACCAACCCCAGGGUGGCUUCAGAGCUGUGUCAUUGCCGUGGCAGAACACCCCAUGGUUGUGGCCUGCCCAGACUGGUGACCCCUGCACAGGUUUCAUCUGAAAUCCUGCCGUUUCUUUUAAAUUAGAGAGGGUUGAGGAUGGUUAAAAGCUCGGUCACUAAAAACACUUCUUGUGUAACGUGAUUUCACCGAAAGACACUCAGUUCAGUCCGUAAACCACCCUGUCUGUGGCUGAAGUGUAUGUUAGCUAAGUUCUGCCCAAAACCAAUGAUUAUUUAUUAUUUAAGGUGUUUAAGUGGAGGGUAUUGAUGCCUCUUUCCCCAUGCUGUGUCACUUCUCGUCAGUUCCUCUGAAGUCAUGUAAGAAUCUCUUUUUAUACACAUGAAAACAGACUACUGCUCAGUGUGGAGAUGAACCUGUUUACCGUUACUGGUGUAAAUAUUGUGCUUUAUAUUCUGUAUAUUAGCUUCUUUUCAAGAAAAAGACUGAACUUGAUGAUGCUAUUUGAUCUCUGGCGAGGAAAGGACGGAGGAUGAACCAGCUCCCAAGCUCGCUCCGGAGUGGAGAUGUAAAUCGAUUCCCUCUGCGGCUGGAAGCCUGUGCUGGGUGUUUGUGAGCAGACCCAAUGGAACACGCUCUCACUGGAGGGGAAUUUUGGACCAUCAAAGGCUUCCAAAAUCUAAUCCACUUUAGCUGGGACACCGAGAAACCCCUGCAGCAAGAGCCAGAAGCACUCGCGCUCCUCCGAGUUCCAGCGGAUUAUCUCCAUUUUCCUUUUUUAGUGCCAAAACCAACCUCACCCACCCCUUCCAGGUCUGCUCCCUGCUCCGCUCUCCCAUCCUGCGUCCAUCCGUCCUCAUCCGAGCGGUUCAUCCUCUGGCGCUCGACCCAUCGCUCGCCAUACGCCCCCCAUGGGCUUCUCUGCGCAGAGCGGGUGUGAUGGAAACGGGUCACAGUCAUUCUCUGGUGACGAGGAAAAAAAAAGACAAAAAACUCUAAAAUAAAUACGGAAUUCCUGGUUAA